UCAAAGGUUGUGCAACAUGUGGAUCAGAAACUUGUGCUCGACAUGGUACAGGGCUGUCUUCGGAGCCCUGGGAUGGACUCCAAAUACAUAAACAACUAGAUCAAGCCAUAGAAGAUUUCUACAAUGCGAUAUUAGACCAGUUCGUAAAUACAUGGUACAGCAAGAUUACACUGCAACCUUUCUUCGUGGACGAACUGAGGCAUCAGCUCAGAUAUGCCUCUGCUUGUCUGCUCAGAAGAGCUCUUAAGGUGGACUACUCCCGGUUGAUCUUGGAGCGGCUGGUGGGAUGUGUGUUGCGGCACUACGCGGUGUGGGCGGAGGGCGGCAUGGGGACACCGCACCCCGCCGCCCGCAGCCGCGCCGCCGAGAUGCGCUACCUCAGGAGCCUCGCCAACGCGCUCAUGCCCUACCUGUUACACGACAACGACGUACAAAACUCAGUAUUUCGUGUGCUAAUAAGAGAAAUUUUCGCCGGCUGGGUGCUGCUGUCGCUGACGGACGUGUUGGCCGACCCGUACAUCCUGAACACCAUCAUAGUGCUCGCCACCGGCGACGAGACCAUGGCGCAGCUGCCCACCACACCUAACUAUAAGGUAGAGUUCCUAGAGACGUUCGUACGCCACAACGACACUGUGUACAGUCAGCGUGGGAAACUGCUCCGGCUAGACCUGGAGUUCGUUAUAAAUGACCAGGACUACUUCUACGCCUUCAUGCAAUACAUGAAGACCACGUGCCAUAUGCAUUUGUUGCAGUUCUACAAGGAUAUCAAAGUAUUCCAGUGUAAGCUGCUGAACCCUGAGCUGGACGCGAGCGAGCAGGCGCAGCUGCUGCAGCAGGCGCGGCGGCUGCGGCAGCACGUGGACCCGGGCUCGCGGCCGCCGCUGCCGCCGCGCCUGGCGCGUGACCUCGAGCAGCUGCUCGAUGACCUGCAUCAGGAAGACGCUGUUAAAAGAUUACAAACCAGUCGAGCACUAUACCAGGCCGCUAGGCAAUCGCACGCAAUUUUAGAAAAAAUAAUGUUGCCAAGAUUUUUACAUAGUGAAGAGUUUUACAAACUCGUGGUUGGUACCAGAUCACCGACUGGUUAUCAAAAGAGAAAUAUUAAGGCAAUUAAGAAACCUACGAUCCCUUUAAGGCCAGAGUCAAUUUACGGACAUGUUUUGGAUUCUUUCAAUAACUCUGACGUCUCAGAUGGCGACGGUGGAGACAAGAUGGACAUCCUCAAGUAUUUGGACGCUGUAGCCGCAGAACAAACGCUAAGGGAACACGAUUUGAGAACUUACAAAGUCGUUCUGACGAAUGUUGAAGCAAAAUUGCAAUUACCACCAAGACGAGGAACGGUCCGAGUAUUCACCCUAGCGGUACACCGCGUCGAGACUAGUUCCUCGGUCAGCUUAUCGACCGUGGAGCGGAGCGAGCACGAUUUUCAUUUACUGAGAAGCAAAUUACACGAGUUUCAUGGAGACAAACUGUUUAUAGAUCUACAGUUGCCUUCUAGAAGAGACAACAGUCCCCUUGAAACACUUAGGUAUAAAUACGAAGACUUCCUUCAAAGAUUACUGCAGAAGAGUCUUCUCCAAACGAGUGAGCUUCUCCAUCUGUUCCUCACCUUCGAUGGAGAGUUCUCCAUGGUGGUCCAGGCGUCGACCCUCAACGCUAACAGUACAGACUUAGCGAAUCUAUACCAGUCCGUCACACACAAACUAAGGAAAGAAAAAGGGCAGCACUUGGAAAGCUUUUUAAGGAAUUUGCUGUUUUCAUCGGAUUUAGAGCGGUAUCAAGCGCUAAAACAAGGAACCGCACAAAAUGUGGAGGAGGCAGUGGAAGUGAAUGAGGAAUCAACAGUCCCCACGGCUGUCCCCUCGCCCGGUCCACGGCGGCCGCGGGACUUUCUCGGAGGCGUGUUCGGGGACAACUUCGGCCUCCGCGGGGGACGAGUGGGGGUGGGUACCAUGGGGACCACGCUACAACGCGCACCUGAAGGCUUCACAGACUGCCUUAUGUUUUUUUUAAUAAAAGUAGUUCACGGAGGCGACGUGUUGACGCGCGUGGUGGGUGCUGUACUGGGCAGGACGCGUGUGCUGGCGGAUGCAGUAGUCGCUGUGUUCCUGCAGCGGACACUCGCUCGCCUGCUGCCGCAGCCUAGGCUAGCUCACUUCAUCAGGCUGGGACACGAAUUGCUGUUCGGUUCGCGAGUCCGCGAACGGGCUUCGUCGGCGGCUCGAGAACGCGUGCGGUCGCGUGCGGCGGCUCGCGUGGGAGUGGCGGCGGCGCGGCUGCGGGCGCGCGGCGCGCUGCUCGGCGUGUUCGAGCUGCUGCAGCAGCCGCACCUCAACAAACAGCUUGUGUACAACUUACUGGAUUUGUGCAUAAUAGAACUAUUUCCGGAAUUAGGUGCUACUGAUGCUAAACAAUCAAGAUAACCAAAGACUUGACUACCAACUAUUAUGUGAAAAAUAAAAAGACACUGCUAUAAACUUUCUUAGCUAUGCAUUUCUUGUAAAUUGCGAGUGAUCAAUAUACUUAUGUUUUGUUAUUGAAUGUAAUUUUAACUUGUAAAUAUUCACCUGUAUUAUAUUUAAAUCUAUUUUUAUAAUAUUAGUUUUAUAAUGACAUGAUGGAAAUUUUGAAUAAACUUAAGGUUGUUGAUAACAAAAAGACCAUGUAAUGAAAAAAUAUUUUUAAAUAUUUAAAUGUUUUCAAUUAAUGAAUGGGACACCAGAAAAUAAAUUAUUUUGAUUAAA